AUAAACCUACCAAAUAAUUCUGCUGCUUUCAUUUCUCUCUUUCUUCAACCUUCACUCUCCAAUCUCUCACUGAAACUUUUUUCAUUUCCUUCCCAAUCUCCCCAAUUUUUAUUCAUCAUCAUUUAAAGCAUGCAGCCUGUUAGCAGAGAAUUAUCUGGCGGGAACUCGCUGCUCAACAACCACCAAAUCUCACCCCUCGCCGGCGUCGUCUCCGGAUUGCCGCCGGAGAAUCCCCAAUUCGAUCCAGCCGACGCCUCCCACGACGAUUUCCUCGAGCAGAUGCUCUCCUCCGCGUCCUGCUCCGCCGCCUUCCCCUGGAAUGACGACCACGCGCCGCCGCAACUGGAGGACCGGUCCACGGCGGCGCUGGCGUCCAGGCUGCGGCAGCACCAGAUCGGCGGCGGCGCGGCCAAGGCGUUGAUGCUCCAGCAGCAGCAGCAGUUUCUUCUCUCGAGGGGUCUAGCCGCGGCCGGCGGAGACGACGGCGCGCUCUUCUCCAUGCCCAACGGCGACCAAUUCGACGUCAACUCAUUCAAAUCUAUUAACACGUUUCAGGCAAAUGAUGCAUCGGUUAAAGCUCUAUUCAAUGGCUUCGUCGGAUCCAUGAAUCAAACUGCAAAUCCGCCUCACCAGUUUCACCAUCCUCAGGCCCAGAGUUUUGGUGCCGCCGAGGCAGCGGCGGCGCCGGCCAUGAACCAACCAGCUGCGAGCGGCGGAGGAGCAUCUGCCUCCGGCGGACAGCCGCGGCAGAAGGUGAGAGCUCGGAGAGGACAAGCGACUGACCCUCACAGCAUAGCUGAAAGGUUACGGAGAGAGAGGAUUGCGGAGAGAAUGAAGUCACUGCAGGAGCUCGUACCUAAUGCGAAUAAGACUGACAAAGCCUCAAUGCUGGAUGAGAUCAUCGACUACGUUAAAUUCCUCCAGCUCCAAGUCAAAGUUUUGAGCAUGAGCAGAUUAGGAGGUGCUGCAGCUGUUGCCCCUUUGGUUGGUGAUAUGUCCUCUGAGGCAAGUAUUAGCUGCCUUAAUUUCUUACAUAGUUUACACAUUGCAACUUUAGUGGGUAAUGGAAAGAGCGGCAGCGGGACACAUACGACAUCAUCAUCUAACAACAAGAAUGAUGGAACGACCAUAACAGAGCAACAAGUGGCGAAGCUAAUGGAAGAAGACAUGGGCUCCGCCAUGCAAUAUCUGCAAGGCAAGGGUCUCUGCCUCAUGCCGAUUUCACUUGCCACCGCCAUUUCCACCGCCACAACCUCUAACUCUAGAAAACCCCCUCUUAUUAGCAACAACAAUAUCAUGAGUAACCUAAUGAACACAAUGAACACACAUAGCCGAAGCCCGACUUCUCCUAACAUCUCGGUAUUGACCGGCCAAUCUGCCGCUCGAGAAACUUCGGUGAAAGAUGCAUCAUCCGUCUCCAUGCCUUGAACUUCUUCACGCGCAAUGUUCCAAGACAAUAAUAAUGCCAUCUCUCGUGAGGAACCUAUCUCUACUUGUUUUGUGAUGGGGACAAAAUGGUAAAUUCAGUGAAAAUGAAUGAAGAAAAAGGAAAAGGGAAGAAAGCAAGGAUGGCUGCCUAAAAGCUCAUUUCUCUUGUCAGUCUACCAUAAUAAGGGCCUCAUUAGUUUUUAUUAGGAUUAAAGUGUUUUUCCUUUUUCUUUUUCUUUUUUUUGUUUUAAAUAAUAUCAAAACUGUACGACACGGCGCCGUAUUUGGCUUCUUAAUUAAAAGUGCGCUUCAUACUUUCUUUGAGCUAACAACCAGGGAAUCCCGUUGUUUCUUUUAUCAACGGUUGUUGUGGAGGCAUUUUAGUGAUUUAUAAAAUGGAAGACCGUACAAAAUAAACG